AUGGCAUACUCUCUCGAAAGACUUGAGCAGGCCCAACACCUCUUUGACCGUACCGCGGGCGAGUUCUGCAUGCUCCCACACCUCGCUGGCCCAUAUCAGUUGAGACAGCGUGCCUCCAAGCGCGCCGCUGUCAUUGCGUCGUGGCAUGACAAUGACGAAGAUAAAGACUACAGCCCUUCAAGCAAGCGAACACCGACCAAGCGCAAGUUAUCUCUUUUACAUGAGAGUGACCAAGAUCUUCAAUCCGACAAAAAGGCCAAGAGCUUGUCUCCGACUUCUACAUUCCGUUCAAGACUGAGUCCGGACCCGGAAAGAGAAGCUUCUGUCCCUCCUUCGACACCCUCACACAGUGAGCCCGACAGCUGGGACAGAUACUGGGCCGUCAAUCCUGAGACAGACACACCAAGUUCACGAUACAGCCUUCGACGCCGCAACAAGGAAUCGGCGUCAGAAUCACCACAAAAGAAAAAUAUUCCAGUCGAAGCUGAGACAUCAAACCCGACUGGGGAUGUGCCCGCUGAGAAUCAACCUCCCGUUAGAGGGUGCGCUGCCUGUCAAGAACUAGGCAUGGAAUGCUCGCUUGCAUCUGACCCUAACCCGUUCGCCUAUCCUUGCACAACAUGUGAAAUCGAUGAUGUCUUUUGUGUUAACAAUACUUGCUCAUAUCGCUACGCUGACUACGACCAUUCCCAACCCUGCCUCUCAUGCCGGAAUCAUGGCUUCGAAUGUAUUGCUGGACCAGCUAGAUACCCACCCUUUGCACUCUUUUCCACGAGUGAACCAAGCGAGCCAAGCAGUCCUCCAAGGAUUGAUUCUCCAGCAACCUCCAACUCACCCCAUGGUACCCUAGAGCUCGACGUUUCUGAGGGAUCUGAGACGAUUGAGCAAACCAUCUCUCCUAAAAUCGAUUCUCCAGAAAGCUUCAACUUACCACUUGGCACCCAAGAAACAGAGGUCUCUGAGGUAUUCAAGCCAAGUGAGCAAGUCAGUUCCCCAGCUAUCCAAUCAAACAUCCAGCUUCCAGAGAGCAAUCCCGCAAAGAACGACUCUUGGGAGCCCUCUUCUCCUCCAUUCAGCGACGCACAGCCCCCCGUUGUUCAGGCCCCGAAGCCACAUGAGGUGAUUGUAAUCUCUGAUUCAGACGAUGACACCCCAAACAUCCCGGAGAGACAGCCCUCGCCGAUUUGCAUUCCUAACUCCCUUGAGUCACCUAAUCAAGACACGGUCUCAAAUACCAUUGCUUUGCAGUCCACGAACACCCAACGAAUCUGGACUGAACUUGUUCAUCCCGUGCAGUUUCUUGCAGAUGACCGAGAAGGAUGCCCUCCUUGCAACUGGUGCAACAACUUUGCAUUUGGCAUCAAUGGCCUCGGCCCUCGUAACCCAGAGGUCUUGAUCUUUGGUGACGGCACGAUUGUUGAGCUUCAAGAUGGCCACACUGCUGAAGGAAAAGAACAGAGCCGGAUGUGUACCUCCUGUACAAUCAAUCGGGUUAAGAUCAUACAAUGCUCCCACAACACUCUCGAUCUACUACCUGUGCCUACGGCAGUGAAAGAAGAUUUACGAGCUGAUGCUUUGAGACUCCUAAAUGAAGCAAACAAGGUUCUGAUUGACCCCGAGACUGGGAAAGCUGGCCCUUUCCACCCAUCUACCCCUUACCAAUGGUGCAGUCUGUGCCGAGAGCCUGCAUUCGGGACUUGCCAGACGAUUCAGCCAGUCGAUGUCUACGCAGAUGUGGUGAACUGUGAUGAAGAAUCCCGUGGCUGUGGACUGAUGCUCUGUGAGAGCUGUCUCCACCUCACCAAUAGAUUCCAAGGCGACCUCAAUGCUGUCGUUGCCUGGGGUCGCAAUGGCUCUAGCCCCGUAAUCUAUCGGGCUGAUGUGGAGUUCCUGCUCUCCGGAGCAGAGAACAACAACAUGUACCGGCGUUACCUGGCGCUGGUCGUCUUCGAACUCGUUCACAUCUCAAAUCCCCUUGUACUUCCACCAAAAGGAAGUAAGGGUGCUGCUUUGAUCCCAUUUUCUAUUUUCCCCUGGUUGCCCCGAGCUGCGACACGAGGUGCGCAGCUCAUCGCCACGACGUCUUCACCAAAGAGACGAAAAGUUUCCCCAGAGCCUCGCACCAGUCCAGGCCUUCGGGCUCGACGUCACGGCCGCUCCGAACAUCACUCUCGCCACACAUCUUCCUCUUCUUCCCGCGGCCAGAGUUCGUCGUUGUCCCCGCCUCGCUACGUGCCUGCGCAUCUGCAGUUUCAGUCCGGAAGCCCGCCUGGCCGCUCGCUCACCCCCGCGACCGCGACCGCCGGACUCUCCCUCUCCAGUGACCAUUCCGAUAUGCCCUCCGAUACUCGAGAGGGUACACCUCCAACUCAUGGACGAUCCCCUUCUCCCGGCGAGAAGCGCCCGGCAUCCGAGAUUACAGACUCCGACCCCGAAGGGGGUGUGAGCACUGUCCCCAAUAACACACGCACAUACAUUAUUCCCCGCACAUGCGACGGCACCAACGAUGAAUCCACGAAUCCCACCACUUCGAGCAAUGGCAAGACAGAAACCGUACCCUCAGCCGACGAGCAGUCCAGACCAGCAUCGCCCAAAUCAGAUGGUACUCCUACAAUCGAUGAGCAGGUUGCGGAGGUGAAUGCGCUGAUGACGGCGCCGUUGAAAGAAGGACAAAAGGGCUUUGUUGUUUCCAUGGCUUGGCUGAAGAAGGUGCUUGCACGCACUACGGCCCAUGCGGAUCACACUGACAAAGGAUCAUUGGAGGGCGACAUUGGUCCCGUCAACAACCUGAACAUAAUGCUCGACACCGACCCAGCCACGCCCAACUUCAAAGACGAAACCGGUGAAACGUUUGUGCCCAUGCGCCCUGGUUUGCACGACGCUCUGGAUUUCGCGAUAAUCCCACAACAUGGCUGGGACCUGAUCCAGAAAUGGUACGGCCUUGCUGAUCAGUCACCUGUGAUCACUCGCUACGCUCACAACAUCAGCCAACCUGGUGAUACCGAAAACAUCCAAUAUGAGAUUUACCCUCCAAUUUUCACCAUUUUCAAAUUGGCCAACCCCGCCGCGGGUACCACCCCGACAAUCUUGAGACAAGCCGUCAAGCAGUCUGUCAAGAUUCUGGCCAGUCGCCAGACAAACUACCAAAAAUGGUUGAAGGAAGCCAAAGAACAGGCCGGUAUCGAGAUGUCCACCAAGGUUCGAGUUUGGAAGAUUCUUCAGCUUCCUAGUAGCACCGCUGCAUCAGCCACGGCAACCCCAGCUGUCUCUCGCAGCCAAUCGCCAGCUCCUCCGUUGGCUCUGAUCUCGAACCCCAAUGAUAAGCUCCUUUUCGAUUUGAACACUUUCCUCGAUCUUCCAGAGGGAAGCCACCGGGUGUUGCUUGAAAAUGUCAAGGAUCAGACCCAGAAUGCAAACUACAACGGUCGUAUGACCUUGGAUAUGGCUGGUCUCAGUGUGACGAAUUGUGUUAUUCUUGAGGAACAGGUCGGCGGCUCCAGAGGUGGAGAAUGGGUGUCCGAAGCCUCUGCCAAAACUCUGAAGAGUCUGGGUAUCCCUGUGGAUCAGCCGAAGACCGAUGCUGCUACCAAAGCAUCUGCCGCUAAAGUCGCACUGAAGAGCCCACAACCGAGUGGCAGAUCUACCCCUACCCUGCCACCCGAUCCAAUUAGGGGACUCAUCUCUCGUGGUCGGAAGGGCAAACAGAUCAUUGUUGGAUUGCAGAAUCUUGGCAACACUUGUUACAUGAACUCUGCAUUGCAAUGUGUGCGAAGCAUUGAGGAGUUGUCUUAUUACUUCCUGAGUGGAUUGUACAAACCAGAGCUGAACCCUACCAAUGUCCUUGGAUGCGGCGGCACCAUUGCCAAGCAAUGGGCCAACUUGCUUCAGGAGCUCUACAAGUCGGACCCUCAGCCGAGAUCUGUCAACCCCUAUCGGUUCCGUACUGCCGCUGGUCGGCAACGUGAAGACUUUGCUGGCUACGAACAACAUGACAGCCAGGAAUUUGUGAUGUUCCUUCUUGACGCACUGUCGGAAGAUCUAAGCCGGAUUGUUGGCAGCAAGCCAGCCACUGUCAUCCCCGAUUCCACUGAUGAGAUGAUUCACGAUCGCAAGGCUCUUGAGGAAUUCGGAAAGAAGUGCUGGGAUCUCUAUGAGGCCCGCAAUGCCUCCGUUAUCACCGAUCUGUUUGCCGGAAUGUACAAGUCCACACUGAUUUGCCACAAUUGUGAGAAGACCAGCAUCAUCAUGGACCCUUUCACAAUGGUCACUGUGCCCAUCCCAACGGCUCCGACGCUCGUCAAUCGAACAAUUAUCUUUUACCCUCUUGACGGACCACCCGUAUCUCUGAAAGUUCGGCUUGAUGAGAACGAUACUUUGAAGGUCUGGAAGGACUUCGUUGCCGGGAAGAUGGGAAUUGAUGGGGACCAAAUCUUUGCAGCAGAAACUUUGCACAAUUCUUUCUGGCAAACCUUCUGCGACGAUGACGAUACUUUUGGCAGUCUACGCAUUGGACAAGAAGACACUAUUGUGUUCUUUGAUCUUGGUCCUCUUCCAGAACCUGCUAAUUCCGCUGACUCCACUUCCGACGACGAUGCAGUCCUUGUACCCGUCUUCCACCGCAAACUUGUGCCGCGCAAGAACAAAGAGGCCACUCGUGAACUUUUCGGAAUCCCCUCCUUCAUACGUCUUUCUAGUGGAGAAACUCAAGAUCUUGAGGCGAUCUACCGCAAGCUCCUGAACCAGGCCAAUAACAUGACUACACACGACCUUCUAGCUGCCGAAGAAAACAGCAACGACGACAAUGCAACUGAUGACUCUGAUACUGUGGUUACGAACGAGGAUGAUGCACGAUCAGCAGAUUCCCGAAUCAAAACAACUUCUGUUGACGGCGAAGACAGCAUCGUCGACAUUUCCAUGCAAGCUGAGCAAGCGCCCAAGCCUGCAGAGGACGCCGAUGAGUCGGAUUCCGACUCUGAAUCUGUCAAGGCUCCCCAGCAUCCUCUUGCUGGCAAGAUCCCCGCCAGGUUGCUGUCACUCUUUGAUGUAACGGUUAUGAGCACAAAUGCCACUCUGCCUGAUGGGCGCAACAUCUCCACGAUUAAGAACUACCCCUCUAUUUCCUCUCGGAUCCCAUCUCCUCCCACUUCUACUAAGGGAUCCGAUGAUGCUUCCUCCAAAAGCUCCGCAGAUGACAAUGUCGAUGAUGACGUCGAUACAGACGAAUCAGAUGUGACACCAAACUCGACACGAUCGCUCCUUCACCAAGGUGACGCCAUCUUGCUUGACUGGACUCCUGAUGCCUUUGAUUCGCUUUUCGGCGGCAAGCCCCGUGACUCCGAGGAGCUCCGUGGUCGCCCUACCUACAUGAACAUCAGGAAUGUCUUUGAUCACACCAUGACGGUAAGCCAGAAGAAGCCAAAGCAAGCAAAUGUCUCUCUCGACCAAUGCCUGGACGAGUUCAGCAAGGAGGAAAUUCUUUCUCGGGCAGAUAGCUGGUUCUGUCCUCAGUGCAAGACCCACGUUUCAGCCACCAAGAAGUUUGAGCUGUGGAGAACCCCGGAUAUUAUGGUCGUCCAACUCAAGCGGUUUAGCCAAUUCCGCGGCAGAAACGGGCACAAGAUCAGCACUGUCAUCGACUUCCCCUUCGAGGGACUGGAUCUGAGCAGCCGAGUGGAAGGCCCCAUGGAUGGAAAGAGUGCGGUGUACGAUUUGAUUGCCGUCGACAACCACAUUGGUGGAAUGGGUGGUGGUCACUACACUGCCUUCAUCAAGGACUUUGUGUCUGGUGCCUGGGUCUACUGCAACGAUACGUCUGCGAAGACUGUUACAAACUUGCAGUCGAUCAUCUCGUCGGGUGCCUACCUCCUGUUCUACCGCCGUCGCUCCGAUCGUGCAUUGGGCAACCAGGAGCUGCGGGAGCUGGUUGAAGGAUACCGGAACCAGGCCAGUGAUUCUGGCAGUUCCUCCGGCUCCCGCAGCCCCGGUGGUUCCCAAUCACCUUCGGAGGACGGCGGUCGUGUCCUCGGCGGCGCACCCCGCAAGGGGUCGUCUGCCUUGGCCGGGGCAGGAGUGGCACCCCGAGUGAGUCGGGGGCAAGACUCCCUCGGCAAUGACCUGUACUCUUCUGCCGAGGAGAGUACUUCGGGCUCGGAGGACGGUGGCAGCGAAGGUAAGAAAAUCGGCUUCGAGCACGAGAAUGGGGGAUCGCAGGUCGACUCCCUCAGCAAGCUCACGGAACCCUCUUGGUCGUUCGACGCCGCUCACGACAUCUCACAGAUUACCGGUGGUAAUGCUGCCACCGAAGAUGGCAUCUUCGAGGGUCGGUGUCCAUGGGGUGGCAUGGACAUCGACCCUCAGUUUCAGCUUGGUCUCACUUCUGGGGGUGAGGGGGAGGAUUCCUCCGAUGAUCUCCCAGUCGUGGAGCUGCAGGGUGGGAUGAAACGCACCGCGCCUUCUCCGAAACGUCGGGGACUGUUCAGGCAUGAGCCACGCCAACUCAAUCCCCAGCUAUCUGAAUUAUGUCCAGAGGCUAUCAACGUCAGCCCUGCCAGUGCCACGUCUAUGAUUGCAGAUAUCAACUCCGACCACGCUCAUAGACACUUGGCUUUCCAGACCCCCAGUGACCAACUCGAGCUUCUGAGGCUCGAGGCCUUGCGUCUCAAGAUAACGGAGACCACACGUUCCAAGUCUAAUCCAGCAAAUGAGAUGUCUUAUCAACGCGCGACCGCCGUCCCAGCUCAAGACCUCAGUUCCAAUGGAGAACCUGGUCCCACCGUCCCAAACUCGACACGAACCUCAAUCCGAUCCCGUGCUGCAGUCCUGAGCGAGAGUGAGAUCAGUGUCCUUGAUCUUGGCCCCAGUCUGCACUCUACCCACAUUUCAGCUGGAGUCUCUCGCCGCAACUCAUCCUCUACGAGUUCUCCCAUCGGAGUCGACCUCACCCGUACCACUGCUCCCAACUUUGUCCCGGGCCCAGGAAGUGACGCUUCGGACCAACCACUUGAGCAUCGCCUCAGGAUAGACGAGCUCGAAUCUGAGGCUCUCACUUCUGCUAGUGGCUCCGUCAACGAGUUUCCUCUAAACCUACGUCAACGCCGCCAGAACCGACCCAACGCCAAUCUGCCCAGCGCCCAGGAGCUGCGAGCUAGUCGCGUAAACCGUUCAUCCAGCAUCAGUGGAGCUCAUGCUUUGAGAGAUGGAUCUGGCUUCGAGCGCAGCCCUACUUCCUUCUCUGAUGAGCCUGUUCGCCGGGUUUUCUCGCUCUCUGUUCCGCAAUCUCCGCAGUCUCCUGUCCUGCCGCCCCAGCCAAUUCUACGACGUGCUCAGAGCUCGUUUAACGGAAUGGACCCGGCCUUUUCAGCCAUGCGCAAUGCAGAGCGGGCGAAACGAAGUGCACGCGAGGCUGCGAGCUCUCGGGAUGCCGAUCGGGAAUGA